UGGUGCACCAGUAUUGUAUGACCACUGCUGGGCAGCUUGCUGGGUACUGCUCAGCGUGUGCUUUUCUCUACCUGUAUAAAACAGCACUUGCUGUCAGUGCAGCGUGGUCAAAAUCCAGGUGAAAGAUUUGAGGCCUAAUCCUGCAAACCCUUCCUUGCACGAGGUGUCUCAUUCACUUUGGAUGAACAAACCUAGGCAGAUCCUGUACCAACACACAGUUACAGAUUUCUCAGUGCAAUUAACAUUUGCUACCACAGAACAAACUGCUGUUUCAGAUGGGAAUAGUACUGGGCCCUAACCCACGGGCAGGAAGGUCAUGUCCAGCUAAUCCUGGCUGCUAGAAGCUUAUUUUUAGUUCAGAAUUAGCUGAGGUUCAGCGUUAGCAGCGUGAGGGAGUAUAGACCGGUUCACAGUGCCUCUUUCAGGGAACAGCUUCAAAUGAUAUGGGAAAGAAACAAGUGGUAAGUUUGGAGAUCCUUGAGUCUUACCAGUUUGACAGCCUUUUUUAUUUCUCACAUCAAUUGAAUUUUUGAAGCAUGGUAAUAUUCAUGCAUCGUUUUUCAAUAUAAUGCUAGAAUACAAAAUCUGAAAGUAAACUCUUCUUCUAGAUGAGAGAAAGUGCAAGAGCUCAGUUUCAGGUUGUUGACAGGAGAUACUUAUUUUUAGAUUUUAAUUGUGUUUGACCUGCUGGUAACUAUUUUCAAGAUUACAUGAAAAUUAAUGUUUUUAUGAUAUUUGAAAGUAGUUUUCAUAAGUAAGCUUAUGUCCUUUUAUUGUUUUUACUAUUAUUCUGGAUUUAGAACUUCACUAAUAGAAAAUACUCAGCUCAUGCUGCUUAGCGUGCAAGUACUUUGAAUGCAUAAAUUAUUGUGGUAUUUUGGUAUUUAAAUAGAAUGACUAACAAGCUUUCCCAAGAAAAGCAAUACCUUGCAUGAAAAGUAAAAAUCAUUCAAGUGAAAUUCAAAUGCAAGCUGUGCCUCACACACAGCUGUUAGGUACAUGUCCCUAAUGUAGUGCCCAUCAGAACUCCUCACAAAAGCGUGUUAUUCCUGCUUCUUUUACAUAUUACUUUUAUGUAACACCCCCAUCAGUAGUCUCUAGCUAUUUAAGAGGCAUACAAAGCAAAGCAUACUUAGUGCUUUCUGACUGUAUCUCGAAAUAGCUGUUUUAUCAGAGCUGGUUUCACAUUGACAGAAGUUAACUUUUUUCUCUCUUUUGUCUUUAAGUGCCCACCUCGUGCCCUCCCUCCAGUGCCAAGGUAAAAGCAGUUCAUUCUGUAGAAUUGAUCAUGGCUCUGUAUUGCAGUGUUUAUAAAAGUAAUGAAUUUAAGAGAAAUAAGUUUAGCAAACGUCUGAGUAGUCAUAAUGGCUUUUAAAAUAAUUGCUUUUCUCGCUAGUUUGUUGUCCCAGAGCCCUGUACAAGGAAUACAGAGCAUUUUAAAGCUUUAUAGAGGCUGGGAAAUUUUACAGUAUUACCUGAGCUUUAAUACUCUGAGAGAUGAGCCCUUUCAAAAGUUUCAGACAAGUAACUACUUCAGUUUUAUUAACCUCUACUUUAGUUCUGUUGAUGUUCCUUUUAAUCUUCCCUCCCUUUUUGUUCUGUGUCAUGUCCUUUAGUUUCUUCGCACCACAGGAGCUUCAGAACAGGAAUUUCUGAAAUGAGAUAUAUUUGAAUAGGGGUAUAGGUGUCUACUAGUUAGACAUAUUAUAGGGAAAAAUUUGGUGUUUUUUUUUUUUGUGUGGAAGGCACAGCAGUUAUAUAGCUUUUAUGACAUGGUACUUCAAAAUUCCUUCAGAGUACCUAAAAGCAAAUGUGAUAUUCAUGAUUGAUGACGUAAAGGUACAGUCUUUUUAGUAAUGUAUGUGCUCAAAUGUGUCAUAACUUUUGUUGGUUACAUGUCAGGCAGUAAGACAAAUUUUAAUUAGCCAGGUGAUUAAAGUUUUUAAUCUGAUCCACAGUUGCCAAUCAAGAAAUGGUGCGUACGCAUGAACAAAGUGUUGAGUCUUGAUGGUUGCCUCAUACCCUUAACCCUGUUGUACACAACUGCACAUAGCAGGGAUAAGGAAAUGAAUCACAAAAGCAGCAGUGUGAAUUUCACUGUUAUGAAUUGUAAUUGAUUGCAAAUCAACUUUUUUCUCGUCUUUGUUCCUUUUACACUGCUCUCCAACACCUUUUCUCCUUAAAUGUGAAGUGGAAACCAAGAUGAAAUUCCACUCAGUCGUCCCAAAAAAAAGAAACCUAAAGGCAAGACUCCAUUAGAUGGCAUUGUCCAAGUAGCAGUUCGUCGACAGUCUGAAAGCAGUGAACCCCUAACUCCUGAACCUCAGGAUGUCCCUCCUCAGAGGAAACGCAAGAAGAAGAAAGUACCUGUUGAUUCUGAGACCUCUUUUACCCAGCAAAAUGUUGCAUCCCUGUUUCAGAAUGGAAAUGGCAUGGAUGUCCCUGAAACUGAAGAAACAGUGAUCCGCAGACAGAGAAAAAGAACAAAGAAACCUCGGCCAGCUGAAAUGCAUUGUUCCAAUGAGCUGGAAGUGGAGGAGGAAGACAUCAUUGAAGAUGAGCACAGCAGGAGCCCUGAUCAGCAGCCUGUGUUUGCUGCUCCCACUGGAGUUAGCCAGCCUGUGAGCAAAGUGUUUGUUGAAAAAAAUCGGCGUUUUCAGGCAGCUGACCGUGCAGAAUUGAUUAAAACCACUGAAAAUAUCAAUGUACUUAUGGAUGUCAAGGCUUCGUGGACUACCAGAGAUGUUGCCCUCUCAGUGCACCGAAGUUUCAGGGUGAUUGGACUCUUUACCCAUGGCUUCCUUGCUGGCUACGCUGUGUGGAACAUUAUUGUUAUCUACAUUUUGGCAGGAAAUCAGCUUUCUACAGUUUCUAACCUGCUCGAGCAGUAUAAGGCACUAGCAUACCCAGCUCAAAGUUUGUUCUAUUUGUUGCUGUCUGUCAGUACAGUCUCAGCCUUUGACAGGAUUGAUUUGGCAAAAGCAUCAGUUGCACUGAGGGGCUUUCUUACUCUAGACCCAGCAGCAGUAGCCUCUUUCUUGUACUUUGCUGCUCUUAUUUUAUCCUUAAGCCAGCAGAUGACAUGUGACAGAAUUAACCUCUACACACCACCUUCAGAAAAUGGCAGCAUCUGGAUGGCAGGUACAGAGCAAGAAAUUGUUCAGCCAUGGGUUGUGGUGAAUCUGGUAGUGUCUAUUCUAGUUGGGACAAGUUGGAUCUUCUUGUCUUACCGACCAGAGCUAGACCACAGUGAAGAACUGAUGUUUCAUGCUGAAAUCAAGGAAUUUCCUCAGGGAGAUAUCUUACCCAGAGUCCAGCCAUAGUGUGGAACAAGCAUCUGAAAAUGUUGUAGCUGUGACUGAUGGCUCAACAUGUUGUGUAUUAUAGCCACGUAUGAUAACUUUCAUAAAGAAGAAGAAUGUAUUUUUAUAUUGUAUAUAUUUAAUUUUGGUCUUUUUAUGUAUGCUACAAGUUCCAAAUGGGAUUGAAGACUUUCAUACUUUUGCUUUUUAUUUUACAAAGUAGAUUAUCUCUAGUGUGUAAUGUCAAGGUGAUUUUGUAAAUACUGCUACCUGUUUAGCCAAAGAAACUAGAUGGAUGCAGAAGAUCAGGCACUCAGUGCUUUUUUUGACUGCUGUACAGUCUUCAAUAACUCGCUUUUGUUACUAAUGCUGAUAGCAGUUAGCUUACCUGUUUUGGUUAAAUAUUCUCUAGAGAUUAAAACAAAUCUUACGAAGAAUGUAGUCUAAGGAAGAUUAUAGCAAAACAGUAGGCAUAAACCCGACAGUGUCACUAAGCAUAAAAUAACCUAGGUUUAGCUGUAUUUGCUAGAAUAAGAGAUUGGAUCAUCGGGAAUUUUGUUUAAUAAUUCCUUAAAAGAGGACACUUAUUUUUCUUCAGUUCUUUCUCUUGAUGAAAGAUCUUGAUGAUAAUAAGGUUUUUCAAGUUGAUGUAGAUACAAGAAAGAGAAGUUAAAUGUUGCAGCAGUUUGGUCAGUUAAUUAAUGCCUAUAUAACAUCUUUUAAUCAAGCAGGGUGGUUUUGGGUUGUCAGCAGGAUAUAUGUAGGUGCUGUCAUUUCUUGACAGCCAGGAUGCAUGACUAUUAUAAAGCCGCAGUUCACAGGAAUAGUGUUCUGGUUUCUUCUUCUCUGGUAUGGUAAGAGCACUAGUGUCAUUCACUGUGAUUUCCAAAGAAAUUUGGAUUUCACAGAUGUUAGAACUGUUCCUACUUCUAUGUAUUUUGAUGGAGAGUACUUUUUCCUCAAAAGGAUGUUUGUUGUUCUCUGUUAGGAUGGAAUGGGAAACUCCUAAAAUUAUUAAAAAAAUGCUUUCUAAAGCAAAACAAAAACUCUGCAGCAACCCACCUUCUAUGUAGUGAUGCGGUAGUAGUGCAGUUGGUGCUUUCUGAUUAUGAUAGCCAACAUUCUUUUUUAUAUAAAAGUGGCAAAAUGAAAUUACUGCAGAUGUAAAUAAAUACAGAUAUAUUGCAGGAUGAAACAAUCUCCUCAGUAGACAUAGACAAGAGCAAAAUCAGUUUCUCAAGAAAGUACUACCUAAAGCCCCAAAGCUAUUUGUAUAUGUUAUUUAAUAUGCAUUGAUCUUGCAUUGUCGGCACGUUUUUUUUAUGUGUAUGUCUAAGUGUGGUCCUAAAGGGUGUGCCAUUGUCACAAAAAAGCUACAGUUUCCUGUGGAAUAGCUAUACUUUCUAGUAGUGAAGUUAGGAGUAGCCAGAUAAAAGACUAAGGGAAUGUUAAAGCUCCAGUAACUUUCUGUGCUGUUAACCAGAGUUGCUUUAGAGCAAGGUUGGAACAUGAGUAACUAGGGCAAGCUGCUGCCUUAUUGAGGACUUGAAUUCUGUUACACCCACACAGAUAUCUUAAUUAAAACAUUCACUGUUGAUAAUAUUUUUUAAAUGCUGUGGUAAUCUUGAAGGGGGGGGAGGAAGUUCUACCAGAAUUAAAAGCUGUUUCACAGCUAUUGGCUGUGUUCUGGGCCAUUCUCUUUGUUGUAGGAAGAAGUGUUUAACCUUUUCUGUAAAUUUUUAUGGCUCUUGAGUAUUUUUGGGAAACUGUAGAGCUAGAUUGUGGAUGGCACUGCAUUGUACAUUAAAAUGGAGAGAGUCAGGGUGUUGCACUGGAGGUUCUGUCAUGAUUAGCUGUAAGAGAUGGGGGAUGAGGCACUACUUAAUGUCCCCAUGUAUGUUGCCACAACUUUCUCCAGAUGUGGUGUUUGAUACACAGUAUUGUCCUAUGGCUUUUCUUUGCUGCUUGAUAUUUCUGUCAUCUUGACAUAGUAAAAAGUCUAAUUUUGCCCAUAAGGUAAUGGAGCUCAGGCAAAACUGUGCUAAGUCAUCACAUCAGUACAGGAAAUAUUUGAGUAAUAUCAUUGCUGACAUGAUUACUAGAAAUGGGCCUUCCAAGUAUCCCUUGGACAAAGUGAUGCUAGCCAAGAGCCAGAUUCUCACUGUGAAAUACAGUAGUUUGUUUAGAUGGUUGAGCAGGGAUUAAGUUAAUGAACUUAACGGGAUCAAUAUUUCAAACUUUUCCAUGUAUCUUUUUGGGAGGGUCCAAGUAUAUGUAUUUUUAAAUGUGUGAGGUUUGAGGUUGCCAUUUAAAAUCAGACUUACUAAGCAAUUUGAUGGUUGAUUAUCUAUUUUUAAAAGUACUUUUCAUUCCGUUGGGCCUCACAAUGGAAGUAUGAGUUUAACUGAGUUUUUUGUCCAGUUAUUUAGAAGGUUUUAAACAAGUUUACAAAAUGCAUGUUCUGUAAUUAAACAUCUAAUAUCUGCAGAAGCCUUAACUGAAAUGCCUUUGUGCAUUUCCCUACCAUUGUUUUUAAUGCAGUAUUUCUGUGUUGAUGAAAAAACUACAAAGAUGUUCGUGCCAAUUUGUUGGUUUUAUGUAUAUGAAACAAUUAAACAAUUGCUCUAAACUA